UUCAGUUUGCUUUUAGUAAUGGUGCCAUGCUUCGUGGUUGACAAUAUGUGGAAUUCCAUACCUACUCCUGUGAGUUUUUGGCCGGCAUCUCUGGAAACUCAAACCACGACUGAUUUUCAUACAGCGUGGCCUCGUUUCCCCGCUACGGUGCCUGCUUCUCGGCCCACGUUUGUGGCCGCGGACCGCGCCGCCACAGUGGUCUCUUCGUUGGGUCUACCGCCAUUUUACGUCCCGCCUUUUGAAAACCAGACUGCAAGAUACGGUUCUUUUCACAGCAGCAUUGGCUCCAAGAAACAAAGCAGAAAGGCCUCCCUGCAGAGGUCUGUGCUUGGUUUGGUGAAUUCUCAUCAGUAUUUGGAUCUGAGUGGCUCUGAGCUGCUGCGCUGGUACCUGUGUUUGUCGCUGGAGGACAGGAAGAUCAUACAGGAUGAAGGAGGUUUCCGUCAGUUCCUGCAGAGCCAUCCCAGCCUGGACUUGUACCAGAAUCAGGUUUCUGUGAAGUAUCCGUUUGGAAGCUCCGGUAUUCCUCAGCCGACCGUGACAUCCAGCCAGAAUGAGUGUGGAACGUAUGGACCGAGGAUGUGCAUGUGUGAAGAAUGUUGCCAAACUUGGCAGCAACUUCCCAGGAACGUCAGGGAGAAUGUAUCUCUGAUUGGGUUUUGCAGCAGCAGUGAAGCACAAGAUUACCUCUGUGAAGAGCCGGUCCACCAGGUCUACAGCUGUCCCUUCACACAGAAUACACACUUGGACAGGAUGGACAGCAGCAGCAUCAGUCCGGCUGCGUGCUGCUCGUCUCUGGAGAGAUGCUGGCAGAAAAAGCUCAGGGGCCAAAGUUCAGCAACAUGCGUUCAGAGUGGAGACGUCUCCAAACCUGGAGCCGGUCCAUCGAAGCCAGAGUGGCCAACGAGAACCGGAGAUCACCAAGGUGUGGACAGGAUCCAGAACUCUCAGUCCAGUGAUGUGUGCAUCAUCCAGCCGGUGCCAACUGAGGAAAAGGGUCCAAUCCACAGCAUCAUUACGGAAGAUGGGAGCAUCCUCACCUGUCUGCCCAGCACAGACAGGCAAGAGUGUCUCGGUGGGGUUCCCUCACUCCCGGCCCCCAUCAACUGUGAGACCCUAACGUCUGAUCAGUCAUUCAUCGGGAGGAGGGACACCGCAGAGAAAUCCACCUCCACCUAUACUCAAACCUGCGACGUGAUGGUGAGCACUGAGCUGCCGCCUCCAUGUACGUCGACUCACACCCAAACCAAAGCUCCAGAAACCUCCGAUCAGUACGUCAUCACUGAGGUCUACAUGUCAGACAUGGACUACCUGACCGAGAAAUUCAUCAAACUGAAGAUGUCUCAGGAAGCGAAGGAGAAAACCAGAAGGGGCAGCAGCCUUCCCCGCCCAUCCAGAAAACUCCGCAUGCAUGUUGUUGUAUCGGGACAGACAGGAAGGAAGCACAGGAAGAGAUGUUCUGGUUGUCGGAGGAGAACAGUUUGCGACUGUUUGCAGCGAGCUCAGCAGGCAGAGCUGAGUCUGCUCGCCCUGCAGUACAUCAUGUGCCGACAGCACUGCUGCAGACUCUUCUUCACCUCUGCUGAGCGAACCCAGCUCCACACCUCGACGGACGACGCUCCUGCAAACGUCGUCGGCAUUCUGCAGAAACUGGACUCUGACUUUGAGCAGAUGAAGCAUCAGAUCCUGACGGGGGUUCCUCUGGAGCAGCUGCAGCCUCUGUCUGUUGACUGUGUGAAGAUCACCACAGGUGGACGCUACGUCCCCGCUCAGGUCGUCGGUGACGUGUUGGGAAGCGUUUCCACUCGGUCGUCUGAGGAGCAACAGAAGAAGGAAACAGCUGAAGAGACGGGAAAAUUCUCCCAGGUCAGACAGAGAAAGUUAAAACAAGCCAAGAAGGACGGAGAGCAGACGAGGAGAUCUGCCACUCUGGUGCCCAGCAGCAGAUACAUCAGCCCAAACAGGAAGCCUGAGAGUGAGAGUAAAACCUGCCCAGCAGCACAGAAGGACGAGGUCAGCAGCUGUGAGAUGUGGUACGAUGCUGAGGAGGUCCUGGAGCUUCCAGCUGCAGACCAGACUCUGGAUAAAUCACAUCACAGCUGGAAAUGUGAAGAUUUCACAACCGCUUCAGGUCAUCAUGAGUGUGUGUUGGAUGCAGAAUCAGUGUGUGAGGAGGCCGGCAGCUCAGAGCUGGACGUGUCCACCCUGCAGAGUCACACGACGGAGCGUGGUGUGAAGCAGUUGUUGGAGAAAUUCCAGCCGUCGGAGGUCAGGAAUGAUUCCAGCUGAUGGCUCAGCUCCAGCACCGAGAGCAGGAAGGUGGUCCCGGUGCUGAGGGAGCCCGUUGGUCCUGAAACCUGGACGCCGUGACUGUUGACGGAGGAGCACCAGGACGUCCUCAGAGGCCUUCAGGGCCAUCAGGAAACUCCUGUUGCCUCCAGGGUUUUGUGGUUUGCAGUUAUUUGUUCAAUUAUAAGUUCUUAAAGAAGAGGAGAAAUAAAUCUGUUCUUUUUUUGUUGCUGAGAGCAGAAAUCUGAUUCCUGGAAGUUGUGACCUGAAAGCUCAGAAGGCCUCACACGGUGCAGCCUCUGGAUUUACGUCAGCAGCUCAUGUAGUUUAAAAGAAAUUAAGUUUAAGGUCACUGACAGUUACACAAGCAAAGAGUUUUAUUUUGUUUCGUGCCAUUUGUUAAUAAAAC